CACAAUAAAAUCAUUUGAAAUAUCUCAGUUUGCUUGAUCAUAUCCUACUAUUGAUUGGUUUUUCUAAUAGUUUUAUUUCCUUUUUCUUGUUUGCAAUCUGUUGUGAAUAGGGCUGUCUAGGUGCUUUAGAUGGCACCUACAUAAAUGUCACAGUUAGCAAUAUGGAUAAGCCAAGAUAUAGGACUCGGAAAGGCUAAAUAUCUACAAACACCCUAGCUGUUUGUGACCGGAACAUGAAGUUUGCAUAUGUCCUCCCUGGAUGGGAAGGCUCAGCAGCAGACUCUAGAAUAUUACGUGAUGCUUUGAAUCGAGACAAUGGCCUUAAAGUGCCUAAGGGGAAUUACUAUUUGUGUGACAACGGUUAUGCAAAUAGUGAAGGGUUCCUAACCCCUUACAAAGGGGUUAGAUAUCAUUUGAAAGAGUGGGGUCCGACAAAUGCUAGACCACAAAAUAAGGAAGAGAUAUUCAAUUUGAAGCACAGUAAGGCACGAAAUGUGAUUGAGCGAGCAUUCGGAGUUAUGAAAAUGAGAUGGGGUGUUCUUAGAAGCACUACAUUUUAUCCAAUUAAAAUCCAAAAUAGGCUUAUCAUGGCAUGUUUCUUAAUUAAUAAUUUUAUUCGUUCGGAGAUGGCCGUUGAUCCAAUUGAACAACAAUAUGAUUUGUUAAAUGGAGAAGUCCAAGCCAUAGCUGAUGGUGAAGAGUUGGUUGACACGGUUGAGUCUUCUCCGGAAUGGAAUGCUGCGAGGGAUAAUAUAGCACAAGGAAUGUGGAAUGAAUAUAUAAAUGCCAUCUAGUUGUGUAAUUUGUGCUUAUAGGAUGGACCCGUAUGUGAAUGCUCCUCGUUGCUCGUGUGGAAAUGGGUAUUUGAUGUGUGCCGGGAAACAAGCCGCAAACGCUGGAAAUGGCCAUUGUCUUAGUUCUUCUUGGCUUUAUGCUAUGUUUAUUGUUAGGCAAAAAUGGUCUGAUGUGCGGGUAUUAGAACUUGUUGUGGAUUUAGGUUUUUUGAUGAACUUAAAUCUUGGUAUGGAUUAUGUAUUCUGAUGCUUUGAAAACUGAUGUAUUUUGGAUACAAAUUAUGUUUUUUGAAUUUAUUUGU